CAACUUUGUCUCCUCUUGUUGCUUGUUUCCGACGAUAAUAUCAGACAAACGGUAACAUUUAAAUCAACCGUUUUCAGGAAUCCACACUGAAGUGAAAACAAUUUACUUUACCCAAUAGACAGUUGCCUGUAUCAGCAUGGAGGGGAAAGAAUUUUGGACCCGGCCAAAAAUAGAGCAGCUCUGUAAACUAUGGAAAACAAAGCCAUCACUGCACAAUGUUGAUAAUGAAUAUCACGAUAGAUGGCACAAAAGGCGUGAUACCGAAGACAUCGCUCAACAUUUAGGCACAACAGUUGAAGAACUACUGAAAAAAAUGAAGAACUUGCGUAGUCAAUAUGCCAGAGAGAGGCGGAAGACUCGCUUUUCACCUCUCAGUAACAGUCAAGUUUGCUCAUCAAAGUGGUACCUCUUGUCAGUCCUGAAGUUUUUGGAGAAGUCUGAUGCCUCCAUAUCAAGAAUUGAAGAAGUCAGUGAAGAGGUGACCGAAGACAGAUUGAACACCGACACGGCGGAGGAGGACGAUUUGCCGAACCAGCGGGAGAACGGCAGCGGCGUCUUCAGCGUCAGCGGCGGUGUCACCGGCGGUGUUGCCGCGGAGAAGAAGAUGAGACUGGUGUAUGAAGACAGGUCAGAUACAGGGAAUGCCAGGGAGCCUCCGGCAGAAGACAACUUUGACAUUUUUGGCAAAUUUGUCGCUUCCGAACUGCGGCAAAUGGAAACGGCGCAGAUGCAGAAAGUGGCGAGGUUGCGCAUACAGCAGGUGCUGCUGGACGUUCAGCUGGACACGGUGGUGCAGCUUCCUCAAUAAGAGCGCUCCCAGUCUCUGUGAGAAAAGUCCCGUAGAUGUGCAUAUUUAACUAGACAGGAAAGCGCGCCCUCUGCCAACCAAAGCUGUGAAGCCCUGCUAGUAAGCCUGCACUGCACAUGUUGAGCACAGAACAGGGAGGUCCCCAUUGGAAGUGAAUGGGGAAUAUCAGACUUUUGUAGACAAAAAUAAAACGUCCUUGAUGGCAUUUUGAAACUCAAAUAACCAUCGUUAUGUUUAAUGUGAAACACAUAUUGUAUAUGUAUUUAUUUUUUUAGGCAAAUUCAGUACAUUUUUAGGCUGCACAGUAAGUAAAUAGUAAUAAAUAUGUUCCAAAAAUGGCUGGAUCAAAACAGCCAUUGUUUCACAAACUGGUACACUAAUGUAAUUUCUGAUCACAAUCGCCUUGGUUUUCUACAUUGAGUUCAAUGGGCAGCAAGAUCUUGUGCACUCAACAUGCGCAGUAGAGGCUUGUGUGACUUAGUUUGGCCCCAUGUUUAACCGAAGUUGUUUCUUUUCUAAAUGGCAUCUUCCCAUGCUAUCCGUGGUUAGGACUGUAGGGAAAAUAGGCUACCGCUGUGCCAGUGACGAAUAACACACAUUUCCCUAUUUCUGAAAUAUAAUAAAAUUUGAAUUCAUUAUAAGUUGUUUGAAUGAAGCAAACAGGUGUGUAGGGCACCAUAUUACUAUUAUUUAGGCUUUUAUUUCUCAUCCAACUCUUUGGGAAUAGAUUCAAAAUCCAGAUUUUCAACAAAAAGCCUGGCACAUUUGUACACUGUAAAAAAAGACAUAGUCCAUUUUUUGAUAAAAUACUGGUAAUUGUGUUGCCAGAACUUUACCAUAUAAAAACAGUAACAGAGUGUUUAGCAUACGGUUGCAGGUUGUAAAUCUUACAAAUAUUUAAUGUAUUCAGGUUUCACUGUAAAUAAUGCGAUUUUUACAUUUCAGUUGUUUACAGUUUUGUGCCUUUGCUAUUUUACAGACUUAUACCGUAAAAUUCACAGCCAUUUUUUACAGUGUAGAGGGCAGUGGGCUGCAUCUGGGAGGAUACAUGGUUUAGUGGAAAGAUCUAAUAUGGCUGCCACAUUUGGCCAUUAUAAGGAAAGUACUAUAAAUUAAUCAGAAUUUGAAUCAUACUGUACACAUAUGGCCUUUAUAGAUGAAGAGGUAUGUUAUUAACCAGAAAUAUGGGACAGUUGUUUUUGUAUUGUCACCACAACGUACACUUUCUUUAAUGUUGCAGUUAUGAAAUGCUGAAGUUAAGAAGUAAACCCACUGGAUUAGAAAGUACAGAAAAUUGUGUACUUUUGCCUCUUUGGUCAGUUUGGUUGUCCAGUAAUUUACUUGAAGUUGGACAUCUGUUUGGUAGCACUGGUUGCAAUUUACAAUUGAGGAAAUAACCAGGUGCUUUUGCCAAUGGCACUUACAAAAGGUGUAUUUAACAUGCCUAGAAAACCACCACUACAGCUAGAGAUGACUUAAACUACAAUCAAAGCAGUGGCAUCAUAGAGAUGUUAGAUAGAGCAGUCUACAGUGCUUUAGCCUGUACCUUUACUGUGCAGUCCUACUACAAAUCCCACUUGUGAAAUGUUUUUGAGUAUUGUGUAAAACUAUCACAUUUGUUUAUUGCAUUCAAUGCCUACGUUUUUUCACUUUCCAGCAUUUUGCAUGUGCAUCAAUAUAUUGUUGUUAUUUUUUGUUAUUGUUAUUUAUUAUUGCUUUUCUCCUUUUUGUAGAUUUGGAAUAAGAUUUGUUCCAAAAUGUUCCUGUUCUAGUUACUGUUUGGUUUGUUGAUUUGUUUUU